AAGUUUAUUGUGACAAAAGAUUGAAACUGAAGAUUCUUCUCUAUUCAGUGUCUCCAUCUAGUGGUUGUAUUUAAAAAAUAAAAAUAAAACACGCGCGCACACGCACACGCGCGCGCGCGCACUCGUAGCCUUACGUUUACACAGUAGCCUCGAAUCUUACUACGCUUUUUAACUGAGGUUUUUUUUUUUUUUUGCCUUUUUAUGUCUGCGCGUAAGACUAUUUCUAAAUAACUAUAUUUUAAUACGCAGUGAAAUUAUGACAAACGUGCACUUUGAACAAACAUUUCAAGCUGUAAAAUAGACCAAAGGUCAGAAUUCUUUGAACGUGUCCUGCCACUUUACUAUGAAACACACAACGGAUUGUCAUCAGAUUUUACAAGACGCUACUUUUCUAAUUCGAGUAGGUCUUUGAUAAACACCAUCUGUUAAUCAACAACAUCAAGAUAAAUCUUUUGCAGUGUCUUAGAACGUGUUGUAAGCAAAAUGGCAGAGGCUAUACUCGGAGAUCACGACCAGUACAGCUGCUCGAUAUGUUUGGACUUGCUGAACGAUCCCGUGACAAUUCCUUGUGGACACAGUUACUGUAUGAGCUGUAUCAAUGAAUGCUGGAAUACAACAGAUCAGAAAGCGACCUAUAAAUGUCCACAGUGCAGACAUACCUUCAAACCAAAGCCUCCACUCAACAGAAAUACAAUACUUGCUGAAAUAAUGGAGAAACUGAGGAGCACAAAGCUACAAGUGUCAGAAGCUCAAAGUCUUGCUGGACCUGGAGAGAUUGCGUGUGAUUUCUGCUCUGGAGAAGUGUUCAAAGCGGUCAAGUCUUGUCUGGAGUGUCGAGCCUCUUACUGUGAAACACACUUAUAUCCACACUAUAACGUUCCAGCCCUGAAGAAACACAAGCUGGUGAAAGCUACCGUCAUGCCAAUAUGCUCCAAACAUGACAAGCUCCUUGAGGUUUACUGUAGAACAGACCAGAUUUGUGUCUGCAUGCACUGCUUAAUGGAUGACCAUAAGGGUCAUGACACAGUGCCGUCUACAACAGAGCGCAAUGAGAAACAGAUGAAACUCACAGACACUCAUACAAAAGUCAAGCAGACAAUCCAGGCAAAAGAAAAAGAGCUGCAAAAAAUGAAAAUGGACAUCACAUCCCAUUCAGAUUCUGCAAAGGAUGCUGUGAAGAACAGUAAGAGAGUCUUCACUGAAUUAGUCAAACUUAUUGAGAAAAAAAGUAAUGAAGUAAUUGAAAAGAUAAAAGCUCAAGAAAAGGCUGAUCUGGACCAAGGUGCAAAACUACAAGAUAAGCUGGAGGAGGAAAUCACUGAGCUGAAGAAGAGGGAAGGAGUCCUAGAUACACUUCUACAGACAGAUGACAACAUCCAAUUUCUUCAGAAUUAUGAGUCUAUGUCCUCUUCAUCUGAAUCUGAUGAGUUCCCCAGUCUCUCAUUUCAGCCGAGCUGCUCAUUUGACGACAUAAACAAACUUGUAUGUGAACUUACUGGGAGACUGGAGACUACUUGUAUGCAGGAAAUAAACAAAACAAUUAAUAAAGUUUCAGAUUUGUCAACAAAGAGGCCUCCAUCUGAUAUUGCAGUUGGAGACAGAGUCCGCGUGAAGCCGUCUGUUGUUAUUCCAACACAAAAAUGGGGAUCAGUUACUCACAUUAGUAUUGGUGUUGUCAAAAAAAUUCAGGGUGAGCUUUUGACUGUAGAUUUCCCCGAACAAAAAAACUGGACUGGUGUAGUUUCAGAAAUGGAGCGUGUGACCAGUGCUGGUUCAGAUUUAUUAACAAAGAACGCUUCAGUCGACAUCAAGGUUGGAGACAGAGUCAGAGUAAAACCCUCCAUAACUACCCCAAAACAUAACUGGGGUAGAAAUGUCACACAUAAGAGUGUGGGUGUGGUAAAAGACAUUAAAGGUGAUGACAGUCUGGUUGUUGACUUCCCUGGACAUGCAAACUGGAAAGGAAUGCUCUCUGAAAUGGAGCGAGUAACUAAUGAUGAUGAGAUGGGAGCUUCAAGUCUAGACUCCAUUAUUAAGAUUGGAGACAAAGUCCGUGUGAAGCCAUCUGUUGUUACUCCAACACACAAAUGGGGAGCAGUCACUCACAAAAGCAUUGGUGUUGUUAAAAAAAUUCAGGGUGAAUCUUUGACUGUAGAUUUCCCUGAACAAAAAAACUGGACUGGUAUAGUUUCAGAAAUGGAGACUGUGGCCAGCGCUAGUUCAGGAUCUUCAGGUCUGGAGUCCAGUAUUAAGAUUGGAGACAAAGUCCGUGUGAAGCCGUCUGUUGUUACUCCAACACACAAAUGGGGAGCAGUCACUCACAAAAGCAUUGGUGUUGUUAAAAAAGUUCAGGGUGAGUCUUUGAUUGUAGAUUUCCCUGGGCAUAAAAACUGGAAUGGUAUAAUUUCAGAAAUGGAGCUUGUGACUGACACUUGUACAGUUGACAUCCAGGUUGGAGACAGAGUCAGAGUGAAACCUUCCAUAACUACCCCAAAACAUAAGUGGGGCAGUGCCACGCACAAGAGUGUGGGUGUGGUAAAAGAAGUUCAGGGUGAGUCUUUGAUUGUAAAUUUCCCUGAGCAUAAAAACUGGAGAGGUAUAAUUUCAGAAAUGAAGCUUGUGACCGGCGCUUGUACAGCUGACAUCCAGGUUGGAGACAGAGUCAGAGUGAAACCUUCCAUAACUACCCCAAAAUAUAAGUGGGGCAGUGCCACAAACAAGAGUGUGGGUGUGGUAAAAGAUAUCAAUGUGAUUGUGGAUUUCCCGGAACACAAAGGCUGGAAAGGGAUUUUCUCUGAAAUGGAAUUGAUAGCUGAUUCAGGCUGACGUUUCAGGAUCCUCAUGAUGAUGUGACUGUGGACUUCCCUGCUUUUGCUUUUGUGACUGAGUUUUGGUCACAGAAACUUGCCUGUCUUUUUUUUUUUUUUGUAAGUUUGUAGUCAUGUGUCUCUUUCAGAUAAUUCAUUUUUCAUCUGUCUUACAGUCCUGAACACAUGAGAGUUAUUCGAUUAGACUUGCAGAAAUAAUCUUGUUCAUUGUGAUGUUUUAAAUUCAGUUUCGAAACCAAUCCUGUUCCUGUUCCUUUUUUUUUUUUUUUUUUUUUUUUUUUACUGUUCUUUACUUUGACUCAUGAUUGCAUAUUUUAUAAUAGACUAUAUAUAAUAGACUAUAUUAGCUACAUGGAUGCUGUAUUUAGAAAGAAGAGUAUAUUUUACAUUUCUUUCUUAAGAGUUAUAUAAGACAGACAUUGAUUGUAAAUUAUCAAUUGAAAUUUAUGUUCCAGCUCAGGGAAUGUGCACUCAGAAUUUUGUUUAUUCAGUUUUCAUUCAGUUUUAGCAAAUUAUUAAUUAAUUAUACAUUUAAUAAUAAUAAAAUAAAAUAUAAUUGAUAACAUAAUUUUUAAUAAUAAAAAUUCCCUGUCAAAAUACCAUAAUCAAAUGCAAAUAGUUUUGCUAUAUUACUAUUUUUGUCUUUUUUGUCUCUUCUCUUCUUCUACUUCUCCUCUGUACCUGCACCGCUCAGCACGACCGUCAUCCAGCGCGAAACACACGCAGAGUGAGAACCCGUUAUGUAGUGUUGUGAAUCAACUAAGUUGCUCCAAAGCUGUGUCUCUCACUUCUUUCCUUUUACCUAGAGUUGUUCCGAUUCCGAAACCAUAUCGGUGAGUACUGGAGUCAGUAUCCUGAAUCACCAUGGUACAUCUAUAAUAAGUGUUUAUUUUCGGACUAUUUUAGUCCAGCGGGUCGCCGCCGCUGUGGAGUAGCACAGGACCUGGGUGACUCGUCCAUAGUCAUAAACGGAGAGAAGUAGCGCCGGUUCCAAUGUUCUUCCGCAAGACGCAUGCAGUUCUGUUUAUUAACUGCUAGAGCGUGAAACAAAAACAGCAGCGCGACAAAUGAACUGCGUACCUGUAUAGUGCGUACGUGUGUCUCUGUUGUUAAAGUUUAUCGUUAAUCUGAUACUCAUUUUAACAAUCGGGAGUCAUGUAAACAUGACGUCACGUGCGUCUUUUCUGGUCAGUCGUCAUGGAAACAUGAAGCCCUGGCGUUUGGACCAGAGUGAAAACAAACGACAUAUCACUGUAUACCACCAGUAUGUGUGAAAACACUCACUGUGGCUUUUUAAAUGAAUUGUUAUUCAUUCCUAGAUUUAUAUCUGUUAUUUUUCAGUUGUGGCUGACUAUCAAACUAGACAAUAAAAGAAAGUUUAAUGUU